GUAACAAUUGACGAUUUCUUGAAGGAAGUUACGGCUUGAGUGAUCACCCACACUCUGUUGAAUAUGGCAGACGAACUUUCUUUACCCCGAUUGAUAAGAGAUAAUACAUAUUCUACUUCUACGUUCACGAAAACAAACUUGUCGCGAAAACGCGUCCGCGAUUCUCCUCCUCCUGAUUCGAGCGAUCCUCCGAUAUUUUCAAGCGACGAUGACCCCUCGGUAGAAAAAUACUCACAGAAGAGAACACGACGAAAGCAGAAAUUUAGGGGACCGUGGUUUGAUCAACAGCUAGCUUCCGAUUCAGCCUUUGAGGAUGAGCCUUUGGAUUGUAAAGUUCCCGUAAGAAACAAGAGAACAUUGAAUAAGAAAGUUGACAGCGGGGUGUUCAUGGGUAGUGAUGGUACGGAUGUAGAAGAUUUAGUUAUGGAGAACGAAAAGAAGGCAUGGUCAAUUCCUGUGCCGUCGCCUCUCAAAUCAAGAAUUUUAGUCAAUACUCCUAGGGAUAUUCAUGCACAGAAAAGGAUUGAAAAGUGCCUUGAAGAUGGACAAGAAUACAUUGAUCUGUCUCGUAUGGAUCUUGAUCACCUUGAAAACUCCACAAUACGCCCCCUGGGAAGUUUCGUUAAAACCGUACGUGGUUAUGCCGUCGAACCUCAUCUGAGGAUAAUCCUUUCGGCCAAUCAGCUAGUCAAACUUCCCGCGGAGUUAUUCAACCUAAAUCGAUUAUCUACCCUGAGUUUACGAGGCAAUAAUUUACAGGAAUUACCACCAAAUAUCGGAAAAUUGAAAAGAUUAGAAGACUUGAACGUUGCUCAAAACAAUCUGGGAUAUCUUCCUUAUGAAAUUCUUGACCUCCUUGUCGGUGGAGUCACUUCGAAACAAAUCGAUUCUAAUCCACAGCCAUUAUAUGAAAGUGGCAGGACUGGAAGAUUGUAUGACUUCCAACUACAUCCGAAUCCAUUCUACCUCCCGAUUGCAAGACCCGAGAGCACUGAGAAUGGUGCACCACACUUUGAGAUUGAUCUAAGGCGCGGAUCACCCUUAACCUCUCCAGCAUAUCUCACUGAAGAAUAUUUCGCUGCAGAAGAUGCUAUGCCCCUGCCUUGGAAUCGUGAUACGCCCGAUCAUAGAUCUCACCAGCGGCACCAAGGCACUAUACCUCAGCCAGCUACAUCAAUCUUGAGCGACGAGAAGUGUUCCUUGUCCUAUCAAUGUAGAACAGAAGUCAGAUUCCUUGACAAUUUUGGGCAGCUUAUAAAAGGGCCUAUGCUCCCUUCUGAUCCUCAAUGGAAUGGCGUGGGAAGGCACAUUCAACUGCCUAUUGCAAACCUAGGUGAUAUUCCGCAGCCUCCUGCGGUACAGUCUCGCGUUCAGAGUCUGAUAGAGAAAGCUUUGCAAUCUUGCAUUCGACAUCCUGAAUUCACACGCCUCGAAUCUCACAUGGAAUACGUCCCGCCCCGUCUUCCAUCAUUACUUCGAAGAGCGGAAGACGUCAAUUAUUCUGGGCCAACCUUGUGUACUAUCUGUGGCACCAAUUUUAUCGUUCCUCGAACGGAAUGGAUAGAAUGGUGGGAGAUUGAGAAGGUAUCUAAGAGAGAACGUAUGGACGCGGCUUCAGCGAAUGGUCCUACACCCGCACGUGUAGUUAAUGAGAGGGAUAUUGUCGAGAAGUUGGUACCUUUGAUGCGGAAAGGUUGUAGUUGGUCAUGUUUGCCACCAGUAUUUCUAGAUGGCUUAAAUCAGCCUUCCGCUGGUGAAGAGGACGCCCAAACUAAGAUGAACAUAGAUAUUAAUGCUUGAUUUACUAUUGUAUAUGGAUUGAGGACUGUUAUAGGGGGUAUAACUCCAGCGUACAUAAUUUUCAAAUGAGACAAUUCUGCGCAAAGUUUACCUUCCUGCAUUAUUGCAUUGAGUAAACCUCAAUUUGAGUUUUAAACAUGGCUUUACUGUCUCAUCUAGUGAUUUAAAAGUCGAUAGGCUGUGUGUAGAAAUGCGAUGCAAUUCAUUGGAAUGAUUUAGGGCAACCCAGAAGUCUUGUUCCAGUUUUAGCUCUCAACUAUAGGAUUAUGGUCUCCCGCAUCGUCGAUUCGAUAACCUUCAAUCGUUGAAACAGAUGAACAUGAAUGUGUAUAUGCUAUAUGUUUGACCUCGAAAAUUCCUAGUCAACUGCUUUCAAUAUUUCAGGGAUCGAGAAAAUUGGUCGUGAUUCUCAUAUUUUUAGUGAAAUAACGAGAUAAACCUA